AUGGAUGAUGAUUUUGCAAAGCGAGGGCCAUUGCAAAGAAGCCGGAAGGACGCCGGCCAAGGUCGUCCGGCAGACCAACUCCGGCAGACCGAGUUGGUCAAGAGAUUUCGUGCUUUGAAAAAGGAGUUUCUCGUGCUCCAGCGCGUCAAGGCCGCAAACCUGCUCGCGGCGAACAAGAAGGUCGCACACGAAGUGCCCUUCCUAUUCCCAAAUUCGGAGACGUCCAGACCGUGCAACCGGUGGCGAAACGAGUUGGCACGGGACCACGGCCGGCGCAUGUUCCUGGUUGACGAUGUUGGGGAGACGGUGCCUGCAGACGAUGGCGAGACGGAGGAGCGUCUACCCUGGGAGGAUAUUGACGGGGCCGCCGUGGACUGGUCCAUGAGCCGACUAGCCGAGGAGUACGGCUGGGAAGAUCCAAAUGUCCUGGAGGCGUUGACGGAGGUCCUGCGGCCGAAGCCGGAGCGGGAGGCCGUUGCUCAGCGGCUCGCCUACCUGCAACGUCCCAGAUUGGUGGAUGAGGACCGGGAGGGCAUCGAGGUGGAGGAGGUGCUGGACGCGUUUACCGGGGGCUUCUGCCGACGCUGCCGUAUCUACGGCUGCCGUACACACGCUCCCCCUCGUCCCCCUCCGCGGGGCGCCAGCGAGCUGCCCUGCAGCCCUGGCUGCUGGCGCCUGGCCGCGAGGGUGCCGCCACUGAGGGUUUCGACUGGCGGCUUCCGAGGACCCCCUACUACUACUACUGCUGGUGGUGGUGGUGGUGGUGGUGGUGGUGGUGGUGGGCCGCGGGCAGCUGAGGCGGCGGAUGGAGGUGUGGACGACACGACGGCGAUGAUAAUGGAUGCGGAUGGGCCGCAGCAGCUAGGACAUCUCCGGAGGGCGGGACACCUGGGUGGCGGCGACGGCGGCGGUGAUGACGACAGGGACGACAGCCCAUCAUGCUCUUUUAGCCCGUACGAUAUGUCCCUUGUGAGGCAAGGAAUUCAGACCGUCCUGACCAACAACAACAAGUACGCUCGCUCGCUGGUUGCCAGCUCGCGCGCACAACAGGGCGGCAACAGCGACUGGCACGAGUACCAGCCCUGCACCUGCGUGGGCCAGUGCAAGGCCGACUGCUCCUGCGUGCGCGUCCGCAACUUCUGUGAGAAGUUCUGUGGCUGCAGCACUUCCUGCCGGGAGAGGACCAACAUGUGCCCCUGCUGGGCUGCGGGCCGCGAGUGCGACCCGGACCUGUGCGGCGGCUGUGCGACCACCCUGGAGUGCGGGGCGGAGCCGGGCCGCGAGUGCCACAACAUGCGGCUGCGCAUGCGGCAACACGCCCGCGUAGUGCUGGGUACCUCGGACAUCCCUGGUGGGAGCUGGUUGGGGCUUAUUCACGGCACAGUACGGGCUAAGAACGGCUCUGGGGAGUACACCGGGGACUUGAUUACACAGGCACGACGGGGCUGCAUGCACAUGCCCCUAGUGCGCGCAGGUGAGUCCAAAAGGUGGUUCGAGCUUCUUUGGUAUUUCGCGUUGGUGUCGGUAGGCUAG